AAAAACAGGCAGAGCAAUAGAAAGACGCCAGCAUAGGAAAUCCGUAUAAGGCGAAGUUUGAUUGGAAAAUAAAUGUCUUAAUUUAUCUUUGAAAAUUCAGUUUGGGUAUUGGGUUUGGACCUCCCUAAGCGGGCUGUCACGUGGUCACUGAUGAUUGGCUCCUCUGAAUUUCAAUUAUCACAACAUUACCAGAAAUAUAGCAGGACUGUGUAAUAUAUAUAUUUCAAAGAGUGAUUUAGUUAUUUAACUCCAGAAAAGCAGUGCAUGUGACGGACUACUGACUGUAACAAGUUCCUAAAAUUUCAGUCGUACAGGUCCCGCUGGAUUUAUAGGAUAUGAGUGACAUUUCCUUGAAGAAUUUAACUGUAACUUUUUUGUUUAGAUAACAUGUGGAGGGGCUUAGCGGUGAUUGCAAUUAUCAUUUGUGGAAUAAUUUCUACAGAAGCAGAUUGUACAUUGGAUAACAUACAUUUUUACCGAGAGGGCGCUUAUUGGAACCCCGUUCAGGAUACACAUCAGAUAGGCGCUGGCUGUGUAAACUGUACCUGUUCCAACAACACAGUUAAGUGUAGCAAGGUGGAGUGUCCAAUAUUGAAUUGUGAGGUGCCGCGGUAUCCGGUGGGGGCCUGCUGUCCUGUGUGUGAAGUGGCACCGGAUGACGAUGGGAAGGCGGGGGAUAAGGAUCGAAAUUGUGAGUUUGAGGGACGGAUCUAUCAACAUAACCAGUUCUUCUCCAAUAACCACACAAAUAUCACGCCAACCAAACUGAAUCAAUGCGUCAACUGCAUAUGCCAGUCAGGACAAAUUUACUGUUUCCUGAAGUCGUGUGACGUCAGAAAACAUUGUAGCAAGUUUUACCAGUCACCAGAUACGUGUUGUCCUAUAUGUGUUGAUAACAAAACAAAUGACAAAAUAGAAAGAAGGAAACCAGAAGAUUGCACAGAUGGUACUGGACAAGAAAGGAAGAAUGGCACAGUCUGGUCCCCGGAUGUUGCCGGGGAAACAAAUCCUUGCAUAACUUGCACAUGUUUGAAUGGUGGCAUUACAUGUGAGAGGGAGAUAUGUCCGAAGUUGCAGUGUGCUAACAGUAAGAGUUACCCUGUGGCGGGCAAGUGUUGUAAAACGUGCGAUAAACCCAGGAAGAAAGGAGGAGUCUGUAAGAAGGACCGAAAACGGAGAAAAAAAUCCCGAAAAAAUAGGAGGAAAAACAGAAGGAGAAACAGAAAGGGACGGAGUAAGCGAAAAGAUGGUCGUAGAAAUAAAAAGAAAAACAGAAGAAGGCAGAGAAAGAAAUCGAAGAAUUGUAUUAGAGUGCAGCAUAAUGUGACAAUGGCUGAUAAACAAUGCCCUUCAAUUCAGCCGACAGAUGGCGCUUUGCCUUGUCAUUAUAACAAUAUGUGUUUACCAGCAAAGACUGAGUUUAUAAUUUACCGCUUCAUAAUUCGCGGUGACAAAAAAGCUGAUGACACUUUAAUUAUUGCAUUUGAUAAUGUGAAGACCCAUCUGGUAGAAAUCUGGAAAUAUGUUAUAAGUAAAGAUAAAAUAAAACAAAGACAGGAGCUGAACAAAUGCGCUUCCUCUUCUUUUAGGCGCCAGGUGAAAUCUUCCAAAGCCAUUUUGGGAGCUGCUAGCGUCAAGUCGGUAAAGGACUUUCAGCGGAAGCUUCGACGUGGUCUGAAAGGGUGUGAGAAGAAAAAGAAAGGUUGCCGAUUACGGACGGUCCGUAGACAAAUGGUGUGCUUUGAUCUGGAGGACAUUGACGUAGUCAAAUGCAAAAACUGAGCGUUAAGAGCUAACUCUAGCGACAAAUAAGGCCUGUCGUUACUCCCUACAUAUGCAGAGGAGGGACAUUAUUCUUGGUGAUAAAAGUGUACCCUCCCAGAAUCACGUGGAGUGAUUACGUACCACUGUCCAACUAAAAAUUCCAUGUGGUAGAUGUUAUUGACUACUGUCGUUAUUUACUGCUUGUUAAUUUCAAUUUGUUAAUGAUCGGGUAAAACAAACUAUUAUUGUUUAUCAUCCACUUUUGUACAUAGCUCACUGUCAAGUUCUGUUUUCUAUUUUAUCUGUUUUCAUGUUGCACUUUAUAACUGCCAUUUGUACAUGUAUUUAUGACAUUAAAUUUGAUGAUGUUAAAA